UCCCUCCCUCUCUCAUUCUCUCACAUUCCCUCACUCCGGUAACUUCCUGGAUGUCUUUCACGGGCGGAGGAAGCUGACAAAAAGAGAGAGAGAGAGAGAGAGAGAGAGAGAGAGAGAGAGAGAGAGAGAGAGAGAAUACACCACCGAAUCAUCACGUUAUACUUGAUAAUACAGUGAAAAUACAAUAGUAUACAAGCGCAUAAAUACAAACCAGAAUACAGCAAAAAUAACAAGUGAUUUUAUAUACAAUACGAGUGAAGAAAAAUACAACAACUCAUUACAGUGUUUAGAAAUAUGUUAAAACUCUACUAUAAUAAUUAACUCUCUGUAUAUUGUGUUGUAGCCGAUACAGAAAAAAAAAUCUCAGAAAUACAGAUACAGGUACAGUGUCUACCUUACCUGACUGUAUCAUAAAGGUGAUAACUAAAAAAGAGAUUCAGAAACAAAACAGGUUUAAUAAAUACAGAUACUACUCAGGUGAGGUGUACAGAAGAUCGAGUGAAAAUUAAUGAACAGACUGUGAAGGUAAAUAUAAGUGGUGAUUAGAGACAGACAAUAAAGAGGGAUAAUAAAUAAGAAGAGAAGAAGCAGCCGAUAAUUGUGAGAUAAAAGGUAGGAGCCAGGUGAGGGUGAUGGCGGGGUCGUGGUGCGCCCUGGUGGUCUUAGGUCUCCUAGUCGUCGCCCACACCUAUGAGGAGACCAGACUCGAGGACGUUAUCGGUGAGUACGACUUCAGGAUAUUCAAGAACCUCUUCGUCAACACUACACAGCGUCUCCUCGAGGCCAUCUCCCGCUUGGAGAACACGGCGGCCAAAGAUGAAUCCCUGGCGGAGCUGAAGGAGACCAUGAAGGAGAUCAGUGAGUCUCUGGUCGCAGCUAACGAGGCAGCCAUCGCCGUCCGAGAAACUGUCAACAAUGGCGCCGACGCUACCAAGAACGAAUUGAAAUUGUUCCAAGACCAAAUCCUCCUGAAGCUGUCUGAAGUGAAUGUCUUCGUGGAACACAAAACAAAACAAAUGGAAGAUCAGGUGGCAAAACUCGGCCAGAUGUCGGUGAACCUCCUCGCUGGUGACUGUCAGGACCUCUUCGAUUUAGGCUUCAACGCCUCGGGGGUGUACUACCUGCAGAAGUUCGGGCGGCAGGUCCUGUGUGACAUGGAGACGGGUCAAGGUGGUUGGCUGGUCAUACAACGGCGUGCGAAAGUUGUCGAGCAGGUGGAUUUUAACCGGGACUGGCACGAGUACAAGGCCGGUUUCGGGGACCUGGAGACUGAGUUCUGGGCUGGUAAUGACUUCCUACACGUACUGACCAACCAAAAGACUUAUGAGCUACACGUUGACAUGGUCGACUUCGAGAAGGGACCUUAUUGGGCCUCGUACAACACUUUCCGGGUGGGCAGUGAGAGCUCGGGGUACGAACUGGACAUCGGAAACUAUUCUGGGAACGCGACGGACGCCUUUACCUAUCACCACGGCCGACCCUUCACCUCCUACGACCGUGACAACGAUCUCUACAUCGACGGCAACUGCGCCAGGUACUUCUCCGGCGGCUGGUGGUAUGACAGGUGUUACGACGCUCACCUCAACGGCGUGUUCCCGGUGACGCCCGACCGUCAGAACGCCUCCUUCAUCACGUGGUGGGCACACGAGGACGGCCUGAAGGUCCCCCUCGUUCUCAAUAGUGCAACGCUCAGAGUCAAGCCCAGGGCACUGUAAGAGCUCUUGAGAGUCACGUUUUGUCCGUCUCUAGGCGCCAGAUGAACUCUCAGAGAUGUAUUGUGUGCACAAAGCUCACUACACGCCAGAUGGACUCUCAUGGCUAAGCUUUCUGUGUCCGAUCUCUCUACACGACGUCGUGGCAGCUUUAGGGCGCAUUUAAUCUUUCGGAGAUGUCUAGUAUGUUCUGAGCUCUUUACACUCCACUCGCCAGUCUCAGAGCUAAGCUAGACUUCCAUAGGUAAGUUUAGUAUGACCUGAGCAUACUAACCUCUCCUAAACAUCUCAUCAAAUUUAAGAUGCCCUGAUCUCCUCAGUCCCUCUCCCGAUUAAGGUACCGUGAAUGUAACGUGAUGGUGGACUUGGUCACUUUGUCGAAUAUUUGUACGGUAUGUAAACUUCUUACCUGCUAGACGAUAUUUGUGAUCACAAGACCUACGAGCUAUCUUAUACUCCCUCUCAAGCUUACAUCCCCCAAAUUCUCUUUAUUCACAGUAUGGUGCGAUAACAUGCCCGGGGGCGAACCCAGAAUUUCAGGUUAGUGGGAGCAAUCCUAUGUAAACUGCUGAGGGCCGGGAAUCUUGGGGCCACACAGGACACCAUGUACCAGAUGAGAUAAGAAAGCUGAGGGGUGCAAAAUGCAAAGAAUAACGAGAAAUUAACGAGGGGGUACGUGCCCUCCACCCGCUCUCUCCCUCCCUUCACUCGUCCAUCUGUUACUACACUAUGGAAGGUUAAUACUCUGGAACACUGACUCGUGUUAGCUAGUAGCUGCAGGGGAAUGUUAUAAAAAAAAAUAUUCUUACCCUUAGCUUAUCCCCCCGAAAGGUGGAGUAAUUGUAAUUUAUGUAAUUUUGUUUUGGCGAUUUUUUUCGUCUUGAUCACGAACCGACAUGCUCCCUGUGACGCCAUAUUGACUCGUUUACAUGAUAUGAAUUGUUGUAUGAAAGAUGAACCAACCAAACCUACCUACUCUAGGAUGGAAGUAUAUUAUUUUAGGUCAGUUUUGGAAGGUUAAUUUAUGUUUGCUAUGAUAGGUUUAAUUAGGUAAGGUAUGGAAAUGUCGGUGGGAAGCGUUUGUGAAGGGUUGAAGCACAAACUUGGCGUUACCGGGUAGACGGACCAUAGAAACAUGGGAAAAAACUUAUUACGAAAGUUGCUUUUUAUAUACCUCCUUAUAGUAUGCUGGAGAUAGGAAAGAAGUUUUAUCCUAUAUGAAAUUUCCCUUAAAGUUGUUGGUUAACUCGAGUCAGUGUUCUAGAGUAUUACCUGGUAGUAGUUCACCCCGGACUCUUCCUCUGGUCACCUUUAGUCAUUGGGGGCCGUCAGACCGACGUUGAUCUUCUCCGUUAUGCCGUGUUAACUGAGCCAGUUAUCUUUUCAGCAGUACUCCUGACUGACGGACUCACUCACUCAGACAGUACCGUCAUCCGUAAAAGUGUUUUCCAUUUUCUUUUUCGAAAUUAUAUUAGUGUCAUUACCUAAGCAUUAAUUAUAUGAAUGAAAAUACUAAUAAAAUUCAAUCAUCGUAUUCUUGUAACUAAAUUUUCUGCGUUAGUUAAAUAACGGCAGCAUACUUGAAAUAAACAUAUGAUUCAGUCUCUAUUAUUCUUCCUAACCCCAGGCAGUUCGAGGCUUCAGUGACUCAACCAUACAAGUCACAACCAAUUAUCACCUGUUAUCCAAAUUCCUACUCUUCCACCAAUUAGUUCUACUGUUAAUGCUUUCCCACUAACCUUUAUCCCUUCAUGAAGAAAUAUUGAUCGUUUUGGGAGCGAGGAGUUCGGCGCACUGAGUUAAAUUUACUGGUAGGCUCAUCGUCAACCACGUCAAUCUCAGUGAUCGGUCGUAAGUUCAUAACAAAAUAAUAAAGGAUCAUGAAUAUAAUGUACAUGAACGUGAAUCCCGAAUGCAAAAUAACGCAAACGAAUAAUAUAAACAAACAAGAAUAGAUAAUAAAUGUUAAAUAUUAUUAUUAUUAUUAUUAUUUAAUUAAUACACAUCGUCCUACGUGAAACAUGUGACAAGAAAAGACGACAAAAUGAUUCGAGCAAUACUCUGUACACGUAAAUAUAAAGCAAGUCGUGGAAAUAUCGUUUCAUUAAGGAGGACUAUGAAGAAAUUCUUUAACCUUCAAGCACUGAACCUUACAGUAAACUAUAAAAAUUUUCAAUAGAUGGCAAAAACAUGUAGAGCUUACAUGUAUGACACCUAUAUAAGGGCAUCAGUGCUGACAGGGAUCGUGAUUCGUGAAUCUAACGUAAAUUAAGUAGAAAGGUCACCAUACAUCAGAAAAAUUUAUCUUUUUGUAUGAAUUGAUUUAGUUUAAGUGCUUGAAGAAUUUGAUCGUUGAUAACCGGAAAUGUAAAAGAGAAAAACACUAAUAUUUAUAAUAAUUAACAAGCGAAAGCAAUUGUAGUAAACAAAUCGGUUGUAAACACAGAGAUCUGAAAGAAACAAAAUCUUAACUCCACCAACCAUUGAAACAUACAUUAGUACAGUUAUAUAUACUUACUAACCCGUACAGUAUAUAAUUCUUUACGCCUUAAACUCUAUGUCCAGCAACACCAAAAUUAUAUACUAGCGCUGCUAAUAAGCAUCCGCCGACCAGAAUGCUAUAGGUUGAAAACGCUACUUGAUGUCAUGUUUCACAAUUAUAGGUCGAAUAAAAUAAUUUUUAUAACACUUCCCAAGAUAACAACAGACAACACACUAUCCAAAUAAUCCUACCCUAAUCAUCCUAUGGUAAGUCUGGUUUGGUUAGGUGUAAUUAAUUAAUGUCUACCUGAAGAAUACACUAUCAUCAGUUUAUUUCUGGAAGUGAACAGAUUAUGGCCACACUCUACAUACACACACAUAUAUACACGUACAUACACACCCACACCCACAUACAUACACCCACUCCGACAUACACAUAUAGCCAAAUGGUGUGAAACUGUUGGUAAAUUUUUAUGAUUUUUAUUUUAAUUUAAAAUUUAAAUUGUUUAAGGUUUAGGAUAAGUAUAUUUAGUAUAUUUAAAAAUUACUCUGUAUUUACAUAUAUUUUGAUAUAUUCCAGUGUUAAGUAUACACAUCAUGUCAGUAGUUAUGGUAGAUAUAUGAGUUAAUAAAAUAUUUCUAAUUCA